AUGGCAUCAGACUCCGAUUAUGGCAACCUUGCUCUCUUCCAAGAGCCGGAUGGCUACUAUGCACCUGAGAAAGAAGCGACUUUUGCUUCCCACCAGCUACUUUCUGGGAAAGAGGUCCGCGUCAAACUCGUCGGACACAAUCCUCUGUGGGGGCAUUUCCUUUGGAAUGCUGGGCGGACUAUCUCGACCUACCUAGAAGAGCGUGCUGCUGAGUUAGUGAAAGACAAGAUGAUCCUUGAGCUAGGCGCUGGUAGCGGCCUCCCAAGUCUAGUGUGCUCUUUGAGCGGAGCGGCUUCAGUCGUCGUAACAGACUACCCGGAUCCUGGUCUAAUCGAAAAUCUUCGUUAUAACAUCGACCACUGCAGUCUGCUGAAGAACUUAUCCAAUAUCUCUGUUGAGGGAUACCUAUGGGGAGCAUCCACCGAGAAUUUAACAAAACACCUCCCAGCUUGUUCGGGUUUCGAUGUACUUAUACUCGCUGAUCUUCUCUUCAACCACUCGGAGCAUGGAAAGCUCAUACAGACGGUGCAGAUGACGCUCCGGAAAUCACCUACUUCUAGAGCAUAUGUUUUCUUUACUCCAUAUCGGCCUUGGCUUCUCCAGAAGGACCUGGCCUUCUUCGACCAAGCCCGCGAAUCCGGAUUUAACGUGAACAAGAUCUUCGAGAAGGUCAUGGACAAAGUGAUGUUCGAAGAAGACCCUGGAGACGAACUCUUAAGGCGGACAGUUUAUGGCUAUGAGCUUAGUUGG